AUGGAAUACUACAUUUCCGCCUACAACCAGCACUCCAACCACGUCGCCCGUUCCUUCCCCGACCUCUACAAGUACUUCACCCUCAAAACCACCCACAAGCACUACUACAACUCAGUCAUCCACUUCAACACCAACCACUUCCAGCACAUACUCUACGAGUAUUCCAACUACAACCUCCACGAGCACUUCAAUCACGAGCACACCGACUAUGAGCAGUUCAAUCACCAGCACUUCAACCAUACACCCGACAAAUACACCGAUUCCACCUCCAUCCACAACUUCGACAACUAUUCCAGCCGUGCCUACAAUAAGCACUCCAACCGAAUCAGCCACUUCAUCUCAAUCACCUACCAAGCCGCACUCAACUGCCCAUACAGGCACCUCUCCAACCCCUCAACCACCCACUACCUCAUCUACGCCUUUUUCGCCCAUCCUCCCUACAACACAUCCUACGACAACCCCAACGCCCAUCACCUUUGCCACGAGCACACCUCCUACUACAAGUACCACAAGUACACCUAUUCCCACAAAUCUACCCCCGGUUUCGAUCACAAAUACUCCAUCCACUACAAACCCACUUUUACCUCCCCCUCCGACAAGCGCAGCACCAACAACAAGCCAUACAAUACCUUUACCUACAAUCACGUUCCCAUCACCAUCUUGGACACCACCUUGGACACCACCUUGGGCACCAUCAAUGCCAUCUCCGCCACUACCGCCACCCCAUUCUCAUCACUCCAACAGUUUCUCUUUCACCGAACUACCACCUCCUCCUCAGAGCUGGCACUCGAUACCUUCACCUCCAAGCAGUUCAGAAAGUGCGACUCAAGAGACGAGUGA